UCAUUUUAUGGCAGGCGAUCGGCCAUUAGAAACGAAUAUUAGGAGAAAACAUUGUCGUAACUAGAAUUAUAACAUAAAGCCUUUCUUGGGCUACCAAACGAACCAAGAAACCUGUAAAGGGAUACAUAAAGGUUUUGGAAAUAACGGUAACGGAUAAAUGGCCUGAUUUUUAAAAUAUUAUUAUCAGAAACGAUAGAACUCCGUCGAUCGAAAAGGAACAUUUUGUCCGUCGUCGACUGAAAUGUAACAGAUCUGGCUAGUUUUACCCUUUCUGGACUGAUUGUUUUAUCUAAAGACUUUAAUUUAUAAUGAGUGGUCGCCCAAGGACAACAUCUUUUGCUGAAGGAGGAAAAGCUGGUUCAUCGGCGCCUUUUGGAGGAAUGAGGACCAUCAAUCAUUGAAGUCAGUGACAAAGAACUAAAGAAGCCAACUGUGAAUGUUGUGGUCAAUUAAUUAGACCAAAUCUUGCCUCUACAGUUGUAUUGACAAACUGUUUCAGAUCUGAAGACAGUCAACUUGAUAAAUUAAUGAUGAAUUUACAAAAAAGUAAAGAUGGGAGUAAGGUCACAACCGUUUUGGCUACUGCCGGAAAUAGUCAGGGUCAGGACCGACCCCAAGAAGUCAGUUAUACUGAUGCCAAGGUGAUAGGAAAUGGUUCAUUUGGGGUUGUUUACCAAGCGAAACUAGUCGAAAAUUCCGAACUUGUAGCUAUUAAAAAAGUUUUACAAGAUAAAAGAUUUAAAAACAGAGAAUUACAGAUAAUGCGAAAAUUAGAACAUCCAAAUAUUGUGAAAUUAAGAUUUUUCUUUUAUUCAGCAGGAGAUAAGAAAGAUGAAGUUUACCUCAACUUGGUAUUAGAAUAUGUACCAGAAACAGUAUAUAGAGUAGCUCGACAUUACAGUAAAUCAAAGCAGACAAUACCCAUACUAUAUAUAAAGAUGUAUAUGUACCAACUGUUUCGCAGCUUAGCGUACAUACAUUCCCAAGGUGUUUGUCAUCGGGAUAUUAAACCUCAGAAUUUGCUAGUAGAUCCAGAAACUGGUGUUCUCAAACUCUGUGAUUUUGGAAGUGCAAAAGUAUUAGUGCGUGCUGAACCAAAUGUAUCGUACAUAUGUUCUCGUUAUUAUAGAGCACCAGAAUUAAUAUUUGGUGCAACAGAUUAUUCUUGUCGUAUAGACGUCUGGUCUGCUGGAUGCGUAUUAGCCGAGUUAUUACUUGGUCAACCAAUAUUUCCUGGCGAUAGUGGUGUUGAUCAGUUAGUUGAAAUUAUUAAAGUUCUUGGUACACCGACGAGAGAACAGAUCCGAGAGAUGAACCCUAAUUACCAGGAAUUUAAAUUUCCACAAAUUAAGGCACACCCGUGGACAAAAGUAUUUCGACCGAAGACUCCACCAGAAGCGAUACAACUCGUUAGUCGUUUGUUAGAAUAUACUCCAUCAGGUCGAAUAGCUCCCAUUGAGGCUUGUGCUCACCCUUUCUUUGACGAAUUACGAGACCCAACAACUCGAUAUCCCAGUGGACGUGAACUGCCACCAUUAUUUAAUUUCAGAGUAGAUGAAUUGGCUAUCAACCCCUCCCUUAAUUCAACGCUUAUACCAGAACAUGCCCGAUCACAAGCAGCCAACUUUAAUACAACAGCGUCUCCGACUGGCGAGGUAUCGCCUAACUCCUCCCACACACCAGUAGGUGAAGAGGCCACAUCACAAGCCCCAAUGGCUGGUGCAGCAGGUGGUGGUAGUGCUUGAAAAUGGUAGACCCGUAGAUUUGUAAAUCAUAUUAAUAUCAUAAACUGACUACAAUGUUUAAUUGCAAUAUCGGAUGUCAGUCGUAUGUGAUGGUGUGAAUGAGUUCAUCUGUUUUUGUUGCUAUUAAUAAGUUUAUUUUUAAAGUAUGUGUCGAAGCCCAGUCAUAUUUUUAUUCUCCUCUGACAAUUCAAGCCGAUAAGGGAUGACUGAAUCUAUAAACGAACCUUGAGAUAUAGAUAUAUAUUAUAUUAUGUAUACAAGUGAUGGGUUGUACUCAACUUGGGUUUUAGUAACCCUUGAUCGAUUUUGAAUUUUGGCGAGAAAACGUUAGAGAAAUUGCACGUUUUUUUAAAGUGUUUUCAUAGGUACAUUAAUCUUUUUAAAGGGAGAGCAACAUUUUAGUUGGACAAUUUUUAGGACAUAAUCCAUCAAACGCUUUAUUUUGUGUGUAGAGUGAGUUACUGAUACUUGAGUAACGAUAUCCACCAAAAUCUGAACCAAUCAAACGAUCACACACUAUCAAUCCUAACAAUCUAUCCAAAUUUAUUAUUUGGUGAAAAUGACAUUUUUAAAAAACUUUCCUCGUUCAUUCUAGAAGAUGGCUUGGUCCUUAACGACAACUCCCUUUAAAAUGGAUUAAAUAACUGAAAAAGGCUGUGGUACAUAACAUGCUGCAAUCUGAUUAAAACACAGAUCCUAAUUCGUUUUGUUUUUUAUAGUUCAAAAUUUCCCUUUACUUGUCUUUACUACACUAGGAUCUAGAAGAGUUGUUAUAUUACCAGCGUUCUGGUUGAAGUGAGGGAUUAGUCUGUUACGGCAAAUUCUUGGCGUACUGUGCACGGAACUGUUGGUAAACCACUAGAAACUUCAACGCUGAUUGAUUAAUCAAAUGCCUGAUGUCAUAGGGUCAAAAGCCGCCCGUACGACCCCUGACGCUACCUUCCAUUACAACUGGUCAGAUCUUCAUGUAGUGUAGGCCAUCGAAAGUAUAAAAAAACAAAACGAAAGAUAGAUCUGUAUUUUAACCAGAUUGAACAUGCUGUGAUAAUAGGUCAAGUUAUUUUUGCAUGAAUUAUUCUCAUCAUUAUUUUCAUCAUAUUUUAAUUCUUCUUUCUCUUACCAACUUAAAAUAACUCAACAAAUUAAUAUUAAAAUUAUUAUAAAAAAUGUAAAUUAUUUAUGAAAAUUUUUGUUCUUUUUCUAUUUAUUAUAUUUAAUAUUGAAAAAAAAAAAGGUAUUUGUCCUUGAAAUAAUCGGCUUAAAACUGGUUUAGAAAUUUACUAAAAAUUGGAAUGAAUUCUUAAUCAUCGAUCAUAUUUUUAUUCUUCUGUAAUAAAAUAAAACGGUUAUAAAAUUUGCCAUACUAUCUUCGAGAAAAUCGGUCUUUUAUCAAUUAGGAACUGAUAUAAAAGAUUGGGUUAGUUGCUAGGACUAGUCAUGUUUUUAUAAUGAUAGAGACGUCAUUGAAUCUUGAUAUAAUAAUACUACUACUAUAUAUAUUAUGUAAAUACAUGUACUAUAUUCAUUUAAAUAAUCUAGGUUCAUCGCUCGUUAGGAUUAACAGUGUGUAAAGUAAGGUACACAAAAGUUGGUGAGAGUAUGUUGUGUCCGAAAUAUUGAAUGCCUCUUUUUGUGAACUGCAUUUUACACUACGAAUACAGAUGAAUUUUAACUCAUCUUGCCUUCAGUUUGAAGUACUAAAUAUCCGAUGGUACUUCAAUUAAUUGUAGCUUAAUUAGUUUCAGAAUAGAAAUUUUAUAAAAGAUCUUAUAACAUUGGUUGACAAAUGAGUAAAACAAUAAUUUGUAAAGUCGAAAUUAAUAUGAUACAUCGCUGAAACCAAUAUUCAAAAUGGAAAAUUGUUAGAAUGUUUGAAACUGAGUGUUAAUGAGGUAGGCCUUAUGACAGAUUUAAGUUGACAUUAAUGUUUUAUUUUGAUUAAUUUUCAAGAACCAGUUAAUAGUCCUGAUGUGCCAUUUUAAGCAAUAGAAAUUACUUGCGAACUACAAUAUUGUAAAAGAUGAAUCGUUAAAUGGAAUGUCAGUCCAAAACUGGUUCAGUUCCAGUUAGUACUUACAAAUAUAUGUUGAAUUGAAAUUUCAUUAUUCUGUGCUGCUCGCUAUGCAAACAUUCAUGAUAGGCCUGUUGUAAAUCCGACUGAAUCCAAGCCAGGUUAAUAUCUAGCGUUGGUAUUUCACUUUUAUUUUCUUAAUUAAAUGUUAAAGAAUCCGUGGUGACAUAUUGGCGAGCCUGUAUUAAGCAGUGAGAAAUUUGAUAUUUUAGCGACAAAUAAGAAUGGCAUAUCUUCACUUUAAUGUUGACUAUGAUUUGAUGUUUGAUGAAGCAGAAAUUACAGUUUGAUAGUUAGAUCUCGUGUUUUCAAUGUUACAAAAACUUUUUAAAUAUUUGAAGGCUUCGGCCCAUUCGUUAGCUGUGUAUCAGAAUAUAAUAAAACUCAGUUAUAGACCCUAGCUGUCUACGGUUUAAAUGUUAUACAACUGUAAAUGUAACGGUAUCUGUUUUUGUCUUGUUUCACUGACAGUUGAUAUAUAUUUCUGACUUGAUCUCGCCAUUGACUGACACAACAAUGAAAUUUAUCAAUUGGAUAAAACAAGGACAUUAAAUUUUGAAUCUAUACACUACGUCUUUUACUAUGAAGGUAAAAUAUUGACAUUUGAUUUUACAUACCUUAGAUUUAUUUUACCCAAGGUUUUAGAACAAUUAAAUUUAAAAAAAAAAAAACUAACACACUGACAUUAGUAAGCUUAUACCUUAUAUUUUGUCUUGGUAACUUGGUGCAGAAUAAUAAUUAUGUCGUUGACAGAGCUUAACAAAAAGCAGUACAUCUCAUUAAAAAUGGUGGUUCAAAUUUUGUGUAUUUUUGUUGUCUACAUUUCAUAUGGGGGAAAUUGUUUUGAGAUUUUAGAGACCAUUUUGUGUGUAAUAUAGUAUUUUUGUUAAUUUUUUGUUUUCUUUCAAAAUUUUUUUUUUUUUUUUUUCUUUUUUGUAGAUUUUGUUACAUCUAAUAAAAAAUGGAUAUUAUGUAAAAUAGUGUUUUUACCAGUAUGUCUGCUAUUCUAAUCAGAGUUAUGAAUUUUGAGUUAUGAAUUUUUAAAUGGCAGUCUUGUAAUGUGUAAAUUGUUUGAACGUGUAAAAAGUUGCAUUUAUCCAUUGUUUAUAGCUUCAUAAUAAACAAACAGACUUGGAUUAAAUUAAAACAAAUUCUUAAUAAAUCUACACCUAUUCAAAUUUUAGGAAAAAAAAACAAACCCAAACUCUGAUUUAAUUUCACUUAUUAAAAUUUCCAAAGAAAUAGUUCACAUAAAUUUGCGAAAGUCUGUCACUGUUCCAAAGUGAUAAGAGUUACGUCCCCUGUCAUAUAUUCCCCCUUCCCACCUGCCUAAUAUGUGUUGCAUUAUUUCAUAUUUUAAAUAAAACGGCUUUGUUUUGUUUUUUUUAUGAACAAAGACAAUGUUUGUAAAUAGAUUUACCAGUGUCCAGAUGAAUAUUUAUUUUAGUCUAGGAAUUUUUAGCUGUUAUCUCGUGUUAAGUUUCUUAUAUCCUGUAUGAUAGUGGUCAGUGUUUGAUCCACAUGUAGGUAAAAAAUAUACAAUAAAUUAUUAAUAUGUUCAUGUACACAUAGCAGGAUAAUCUCAUGUGUUGAAUUUCCUCUGACCAUUGAAUGCUUGUAAAGAAAAUGACAUUAAAAUGUACAGUAUCUUUAA